AUGACUAAGAUGAGAAAUUACCAGCACGACACUGAUGUCAACCCGAAUUUGUCGCCUGAGAGAAUGGUCGGGAACCUCAUAUGCAACCCCACUAUCGUGUCGGAGGCUGACGCAUCGCUUUCUGUCGGAUCCGCGCUCAACUGUCUGUCUCGUCCCCACACGAGCUGUCGGGCAGGAGUCUCAGUUGUUGAAAAGACUGAAGCGAGUGAUAUUGCAGCAUCAACUGUGAUAAGUGGAAAUGGUGUAAAUUUAUCUAGCAAAAAGUCUGUUAAUCCGAAUCUCGAAAAAUCACAAGAACCCUUAAGAGUCGCAGAGGGCGCAGCAGCAAAUCAAAAUAGUGGAUCAGUCAGUGAUGUGAAGAAAUUCGAAGACACCGGAGAUCAAAGAUAUAAGGACGAUAUGUUGCCAUUUGAUGAAGAACUCAACAAUCCGAAUGCAAGUUUUCGGUUCAAGACAAAGAAAGAACACUACCAGAAAAUGGUUUUCAGGCAUCAUUAUGAAGAUGCCAUUCGGAAUGAUGGGCAUACUUCUAUGGGUAGUAAUUCAAACCAGAAAGCUACAAAAAAUAUAGACUUCUUCAAAGAAACUGCAGAAUCAUUGAUGUUAGAACAGAAAUUUGAGGUACACAAUAAGUCAUAUUUGCAUUCUGAUGAAUAUCAUGGUAGCAAUUUAAAGGAUGAAAGCAUAAGUAGCAUUGGUUCUAACAACCAAUUUGGCAAUGAUCUCAGUGGUUCAGGAGUGAAAACUGAUUAUCCAAUUGACGGUGUUAGGAAAGGCAAGAUUGCAUCUUCGUUUUCUUCAACGCAUUCAACUGAUGGUGAUUUUGAUCAAAAUGUCCAAGAAGCCUCAGAACUUCUAAGGCAGGCUAGGAUAUAUAUGAAGUCUCAAACCGAUGAAGCAGCAUUAGAUGCCUUAUUAUACAGAUCCGAGAAAUUGCUUUCUGUGGCUGUUCAUUUGAAGCCAAUGAGUUUGCUGGCUGUAGGUCAGUUGGGUAAUGCUUAUCUUUUGCAUGGAGAACUAAAAUUGAAGAUUAGCAAACAACUGAGAGCUCUCUUAUCCAAAAGUGAUGUCAUUCUAAAUGAAAAGUCAACUGUUUUAAGAGGUAAGAAAUUGGAUACAAGAAUCUUAAGCAGAGACAACCUUACUUCUGCCCUUACUGAUGUUUGUGAGGAGUGUGAAGAACUGCUAGGUAAGGCAGGAAGAAAGUAUAGAAUGGCUUUGACAAUUGAUGGGAGUGAUAUUCGAGCUCUAUAUAAUUGGGGUCUUGCUCUGUCAUAUCGUGCACAAUUGAUUGCAGAUAUUGGACCAGAAGCAGCUGCUGAUGCUGACAAGGUAUACAUGGCUGCAAUAGAUAAAUUUGACGCUAUUGUGACUAAGAGCAAUGCUUAUGCUCCAGAUGCCUUGUACAGAUGGGGUGUGGCCUUGCAGCAGCGAUCCAACCUGCGUCGAAACAACAGAGGGGAAAAGCUGAAGCUUCUGCAACAGGCUAAGAGCCUGUUCGAAGAUGUGCUAUAUGUGGAAUCGAAUAACCGGCUCGCAAGGGAAGCUCUUUCUUCCUGUCUUUUGGAACUCGAUUACCAUAGGAAGUGGUAAUCAUUUGCUCGAGCUCCAAACAAUGGCCAUGUUCAUAAUCCAUGCGGCUGGCUCUAAUUUACUUCUACUUUCUUUCCUUCGGGAUCGACAUCAUUUCUAUUUCAUGCGAUGUGCACUGAAGAAGAAAUUAUACCUUGGAAAAUAUGGAUGAUAAAAUUGUCGAAAGCUCUGAUUCAUCGACAAUGCAGCUUUACUAGUAUGAUGAGCUAAACUGAUGUAGGUAGCUGAGAAUUGAGAAAUGAUGGCAAUUUUGUGACUGCGAAGCACCUUGUUCUGUAUAAAGAAUCAUAAAACCUAGUACAUGGAGUUAUCUUGUUAGUUGUCUGUA